UACACAGCAGAUUUUAUUCUUGGAUUCUCCGUGUAUGUCUCCAAUACCAUGGAUAGAUCACAGGAAACAUUGUGUUUCAAGGACAACAACUUCACAAUAAACACAAUACCUCCUGUAUUCACAACAGACUGUUAUGUUCAUGGACAAUAUGUCAUUUACUACAACGAGAGACUACCAGGAGUUGUCUACCCCGACGAUUAUUAUAGUUAUGUAGCGAGUUACCUCUGUGAAGUAGAGGUGUAUGGAUGUCCAGCAACAGGGUUUUACGGAUCCAACUGCUCCAUACCUUGUCCAGACGUCAACUGUCAGUACUGUCACAUAGAGACGGGCACAUGUCAGGGAUGUAAACCUGGGUACCAAGGCCAUCACUGUGAAUUAGAAUGUGACAAAGGAUCCUUUGGUAUUGGAUGUAAAGAAACAUGUGGAAACUGUCUAGAUGUGAAUCAAUGUUCAAUAACCAAAGGCACAUGCUUAACUGGUUGUGCUGCUGGUUAUAAAGGGGAUUCUUGUAAAUCUCCCUGUCCAGGUGGUUAUUUUGGAAAUAAAUGUACUGAAAAAUGCAAUGACACAUGUGCCGGAUGUAAUAAUACGAAUGGUGUUUGCGACUCUGGAUGCAUCCCUGGCUGGAGAGGUCACCAGUGCAACGAAGAAUGUGACAAAGGAUGGUAUGGUAUUGGAUGUAAUGAAACAUGUGGACACUGUCGUAAUGAAAGCCAAUGCUCCAUUGACAAUGGAACCUGCUUAACCGGAUGUGAUGUUGGUUUUAAAGGGGACCGAUGUAAAACAUGUAAAACGUAAUGAGAAAGUAAAUGAUAGAGAAACGAAAGACAUAUCCCAAUGUUUUAGCCGUCAUUUCAAUAGGACAUUACAAAAAAAUGACAUAUACGUCGCAUAAAACAUUCAUUUUCAGCUUGUUUUUCGUUUACUAUACUAAAUAUAUCAAUCUUAACAUUUUACUGUCCUUAAGAUGUAUGAUUCAGUGUUGAAAUACAUUUAUGUAUUACAGUUUUCGACAUGCGCUGUUAAAUAUAAAUGUUUUGUUAUCAGGUGAUCAAGAUAUUACAAUGGUGUGUUGAUAUACAGAUUUUGAGUUGUUUAUUGUUGUUGUUUUAGUUUCACUUCGUUAUAAUUUCAUUUUUGCUUGAUGGUGUAUAAAUGUUAUGUUAUUUCCUUUUAUUAGGAAAAUAUGCAAUAUUGCUACCAUUCACUAAAUAAACAUUUGUGUUUUUGUGCGAUAAUAAAUUAUUUAUUUUCGUUUCUCUAUGAUGAAUGAUGUAUGAUGUUAUUUGAUUUUUGAAUUGUAUAAAACCAUUUAACAUCUGAGUUAUAAGUUGUACAUUUUCUGACGUCAUAAUAAAUAAUCAAUACAUACAUAAGAGUCCAAUGCAUACAAGGCUCAAAAUGACCUAAUCCUGCCUGUAUGUAAUUAUGCAGUUAGCAGACUGGACCGAUAGAGACAUGGAUGCUCAAAACCAUGGUGUUUGAUAAUGUUUGGGUCUUUCACUGAUAUUCUACUCACCUAAUGAUCUCGUGUCUGCACAUUAACUUAUCAAAUGUUGCCACGGAGGUUAGUGGUUACGUUCACAUUAUACUAAAAUAGUUAAUACAUGUCUGUUGAAUUAAAAAGAUUAACUGUUUACUUUGCAGUAAAAACGAAGUUUUACAUGUAAGAGGUUUUAAUGGAAAUAUUAUUAAAAAAUAUGUUUUCUAUCUUACUUACUUUGUGUUAUCAUGGUUGACUUGUUCGGAGUCGUCAUUGUAGAAAAUUCGAACUAUUCGAAUAAUGAUUUGUUAUGUUGUUCUUAAGUUUUUCGUUGAUAACUAUAUUUAGGACUAACGAAGUAUACCAUUUAAUUUAACUACUAUUUCAGAUAUGUUUUUAUAGUGUUUACAAUACAAUUUUGUA